AUGGGGAGAAAAAAGAUUCAGAUUACGAGGAUUAUGGAUGAACGUAACAGACAGGUGACGUUUACAAAGAGGAAAUUCGGGUUGAUGAAGAAGGCAUACGAGCUGAGCGUGCUGUGUGACUGUGAGAUCGCGCUGAUCAUUUUCAACAGCACCAACAAGCUGUUCCAGUACGCCAGCACGGACAUGGACAAGGUGCUGCUCAAGUACACAGAAUACAACGAGCCGCACGAGAGCAGGACGAACUCGGACAUCGUGGAGACGUUGAGAAAGAAGGGCCUUAAUGGCUGUGACAGCCCAGAUCCUGAUGCAGACGACUCAGUAGGUCACAGCCCUGAGUCUGAGGACAAGUACAGGAAAAUUAACGAAGAUAUUGAUCUAAUGAUCAGCAGGCAAAGAUUGUGUGCCUUGAACAAGAAAGAGAACAAAGGCUGUGAAAGCCCCGACCCCGACUCCUCUUAUGCACUCACCCCACGCACUGAAGAAAAAUACAAAAAAAUUAAUGAAGAAUUUGAUAAUAUGAUCAAGAGCCAUAAAAUUCCUGCUGUCCCGCCUCCCAACUUUGAGAUGCCAGUCUCCAUCCCAGUGUCCAGCCACAACAGUUUGGUCUACAGCAACCCCGUCAGCUCACUGGGAAACCCCAACCUUUUGCCACUGGCCCACCCUUCUCUGCAGAGGAAUAGUAUGUCUCCUGGUGUAACACAUCGACCUCCAAGUGCAGGUAACACAGGUGGUCUGAUGGGUGGAGACCUCACGUCCGGUGCAGGCACCAGUGCAGGGAAUGGGUAUGGCAAUCCCCGAAACUCACCAGGUCUGCUGGUCUCACCUGGUAACUUGAACAAGAAUAUGCAAGCAAAAUCUCCUCCCCCCAUGAAUUUAGGGAUGAAUAACCGUAAACCAGACCUCCGAGUUCUUAUUCCACCAGGCAGCAAGAAUACGAUGCCAUCAGUGAAUCAAAGGAUAAAUAACUCCCAGUCUGCUCAGUCACUGGCUACCCCAGUGGUUUCCGUAGCAACUCCUACUUUACCAGGACAAGGGAUGGGAGGAUAUCCAUCAGCCAUUUCAACAACAUAUGGUACUGAGUACUCUCUGAGUAGUGCAGACCUGUCCUCUCUGUCUGGCUUUAACACCGCCAGCGCUCUUCAUCUUGGGUCAGUAACUGGCUGGCAACAACAGCACCUCCACAACAUGCCGCCGUCCGCCCUCAGCCAGCUGGGAGCUUGCACUAGCACUCAUUUAUCUCAGAGUUCAAAUCUCUCCCUGCCUUCUACUCAAAGCCUCAACAUCAAGUCAGAACCUGUUUCUCCUCCUAGAGACCGUACCACCACCCCUUCGAGAUACCCACAACACACGCGCCACGAGGCGGGGAGAUCUCCUGUUGACAGUUUGAGCAGCUGUAGCAGUUCCUAUGACGGCAGCGACCGAGAGGAUCACCGGAACGAAUUCCACUCCCCCAUUGGACUCACCAGACCUUCGCCGGACGAAAGGGAAAGUCCCUCAGUCAAGCGCAUGCGACUCUCUGAAGGAUGGGCAACAUGA